CAGCCGGUCAAUGUGAGCGCGCUCUUCCGCGGAGCGACCUCGUGUUCCGAGGUUGCUUUUCGAUAUAUAACACACUGUGUUAACGUGCCCCACGUAACUAACUUCUUUGACUAUCGGUGAUUUAGUUUCACUUGUGAGCACCAACAUGCGAAUAGUAAUCGCCUCGUUAAGCCUCUGCCUAUUUUUGACUUUGGGUAAAAGUCAAAGUUUCGGAGGUUAUGGAUUUCAUCAGGCGUUCGCUGGAGGAUUAGAUGCGUCACUAGGUCUUAGAGAUCCUAGACAAAAUACUGGACCGGUCGUUUUCCCUCCGGCACCUCCUGAUAGUGGCGAAACGAGCGGGGUCAUCCCAGGGGCAUCUGGAUAUGGAUUUGUUCCACCAGGCCAAAGCGCGGGAAGGCCACAAGCAUUGCAUUCUUUCUUUUGAAACAACUAUCAACGCGGUAGACGUGGUACUGCAAAUGUUAGACGAACUCUAAUUGUAAUGUAUAUUUAAAAAUGUGCAAUAAGUCCAAACGGUGCUACAGUAUUUAUUAUUGUUAUUACACACUCAUUGUUUAUUGCCUAAUUGGUAGCACUGUUUACGUAAAUGCAUGUAAAUGCUUAAUACCUACCUACUUAAUGUAAGACUAAAUGGAUAUGUUUUUAGUUUAGGUAAAUCCAAUGUAAAUAGAAUAUUAUACAAAAUAUGUGUGUGAACCUUAUUUAUUAAUAAAUGUUGUUUUUUAUUCA